CCUGACGUCUAACUCCACAGCACCAUGACUGCAGAGGACACCAUUGACGCCCCGCCCAAGCACAACCCGAGGGGCGUGGCCCUGGUGGUGGUUGCCUGGGUAACGUACGCCUUCACCCUAGCCCUGAACGCGCUGAACGGGGUCAACCUAAUCCCAGGGUUGUUCCUGAGCACCAUCGGCAACAUCUCCGACAAGUACGACAACGAGGUCGUGCCGGCGGGGUGGGUCUUCUCGAUCUGGGGCUUCAUCUACGCCUGGAACCUCGCCUGGCUCAUCUACGUCACUUCCUGUCUCUUCCGGAAGCACUCCGGGGGGUACUUCUACGUCACGCCCGAGCUCUUCCCCCCGGUCUUCUACGUCAUCUGGUACGUCAACAACUCGCUGAACAUCGCCUGGUUGUUCGUGUGGGAUCGAGAGGUCCUCAUUGCUGCUGCCGUGGUGCUAGCUCUUUGCCCCUUCACCCUCUACCUCCUCCUCUUCAUCUCUUAUCGUCGGCUGGACCAGAACGGGCCCUGGUUGGCGGAAAACUCCCCCGUCGACCUCUGGCUCACCCGCACUCUCGUCCACAACGGGUUGGCCAUCUACGCGACAUGGACCACCAUCGCUACCCUGCUCAACUUGGACAUCGUGCUCAUCUACGUGGGAGGAUUCAAGGAUGAGGACGUCUCGACUGGGCUGUUCACGGUUCUGCUUGUAGAGAUCCUGGUCUGGUUCUUCCUGGAGAAUUUCGUCUGGGAGCGGUUCUGCCGGUACACGCUGGUGCCGUACGUGGUGGUGAUCGCUGCGCUCUCGGGCAACCUCACCAAGAACUGGGACCCGACCAAGAGGAAUGUCAUCUACGUCUGCGUGUUGCUAGGCGUGACCGCGCUGUUGCUAGUGCUGCGCGUUGCCUUGGUGAUGUGGCGUCACAUGACGCAGCCGCUCUACGUCGCCAAGAGGAAGGGCAGCGCUAGCGGCAUCACGAUGACGUCAAUGUCGAAGAUAACACCCGAGAUUGAGAAAACGCCUCUGUAAAUUCCGGACUGACAAAUCUCCAAGCAGAUCUUUCGGUGGUCGCAAAAGACGGUAUCAAAUUGGCCAGGCAGUAUCCAUUGGCCACGGUGGCUAAUGGACACGUACUCCUCUGGUCAAUGGAUACUGCCUUGCCACCGUAUGAUCUGCUUGGAGAUUAGGAAAAUCGCGCAGUACAGCAGUUGAAGUGAACACUAGCAGUUCAGCGGUACAGGAACUCGUUGUUGGUUCCUCUGGCUCCUAUAGAGAUUACAUGGUUCUUUCCUAAAUACAUAAUGACAUUCCAAAUACAUCUGUAAAAUGCUAUUCUUAUAUAAGAUAGCAGAAACCUCAACUCACCUCACCAGUCCCAUAGCUAUCCGGACUGCGGUAGAGGGAAUAUAACUUUCAUCAAGAGCUGAAAAGUGCAGUCAAAAGCUGUUAAUGCAGUACAUUUGUAUAUACCGAGAAAAAUGACUUUUGUAACAAAGUAUCAUAUGAAGCACUGGGCAGAAAUACUGGUGUCAUACUAGUUUCAUAGUGUUAAUUGUUAGAUCACGUACUGGGCAUAAAUGUUAUGUACAUAUUGUGAUCCAUCUAUAGGUCUAGGCACCAGCUCAUUGUUUUAAAUCAAGAUGCGACUUGUAUAUUGUUAUUGGGCUUGAUUGGUAUCACAUAUCACAAGUUGUAGUUAUUUUUAAGAUAAUAAGAAUAUACUUAAGGCACAGUGCCAUCAUUUACCACACAUCAUAUCUUAUUAAACUUUGGGGUGCCAUGUGAUCUUACAUUUACUAGUAUUAUAUAUCUAUGUAUCCAUGUAUGAGGUGUAUUUUAAAAAUUUUACUAUGAAUUCCAAUUUACAUUUUUUAAGUGUGAAAGUCCUUAGUUUAUGUAUCAGUUGUUGCUGAAAGUGGGAAUAAAAUUGGGU